AUGUUAGCACGGCGUGGAUACGUCCAGCGUCUUGUUGUAAGGCGUAUAGUGCGCUCUACAAAUGGUUUUUCUCGCGAUAUGAUAGCGCAUUUAAACGUACGUUCUUCUGCGGUUCUAUCAAUGUCUUCAACUUCUUCUAUUUCAUUGUCUAGCGAGCUCCAUCAACGUGUAAAGCUAUUACCUUUGGCUCCUACUUACGAUCCUACAGUUGUAGAGCAAGGAUGGCAAAAUUAUUGGCAACAAGUAUUGGAAUCAAAACCACAGAUAAAGAGCAAUGCUAAAAAUAAGGUGUUUACAAUGCUAUUGCCACCACCCAAUGUCACUGGAGCUCUUCACAUUGGCCAUGCAUUAACCAUUACGAUACAAGAUGCAAUUGCUCGAUGGCAUUGCAUGCGAGGCUUUGAUGUUCAUUGGAUUCCUGGACUGGAUCAUGCCGGUAUUGCUACUCAAAGUGUCGUGGAGAGAAAGCUGAAGAAGGAGCAAAAUGUAUCUCGCUAUGAUUUAGGACGAGAAGCUUUUGUGAAAGAAAUAUGGCAUUAUAAUGACCAAUAUGGAGGCAAAAUUAUGAGCCAAAUUGACCAUUUAGGCGCCAUCGUAAAAAAGACGCAGCCGUUUUUUACACUGGAUAAAAAACGAUCCGAAGCCGUGGUGACUGCUUUUGUCAAAUUAUAUGAAAAAGGACUGAUCUAUAGACGGAGAAGAAUGGUGAAUUGGUGUCCGACGUUACAGACGGCACUUUCAGAUAUUGAAGUGGAUACUGAACAAAUUGAAAAAGCGACGACAAAAAUGUUGCCUGGAAGAGAAAAAUUGGUGGAAUUUGGUGUCAUGCAUCGAAUUCGGUAUCGAGUUGCAGACUCGGACGAGUUCUUGGAAAUCGAUACGACAAGACCCGAAACGAUUUUCGGGGAUGUCGCGGUCGCGGUGCACCCAAAGGACAUGAGGUAUACACAAUUCCACGGAAAGUACGUGAUUCAUCCGUUUUCGCGUGAACGUAUUCCGAUCGUCACGGACGAUGUGCUGGUCAAUAUGGAGUUGGGUACCGGUGUUGUAAAGGUUACUCCAGCGCACGACCCUAAGGACUUUGAGUGUGGCCGUCGCCACGGUCUGCCUGAAAUUGAGGUAGUUGACAAAGAUGGAAAGUUAUGCGGCAACAUCGACCAGCGAUUUGUUGGGAUGGAUAGGUUUGAUGCACGCCAACGUGUUGUCGAAGAGUUGCAGCAAAUGGGCCUCUAUGUGGACAAGUUUGAUCACCCGACUGCACUAUCAAUCUGCUCACGCUCAGGGGACAUCACCGAGCCGCUGCUUAUGCCGCAAUGGUACGUCGAUUGUCGCGCCAUGGCUCAACGCUCAGCUGAUAACGUUCGCAUCGGCAAAAUGUCUAUCGAGCCGAAGUCGCACCAACAUACAUGGUUUUUCUUUUUGGACAACAUCCAAGAUUGGUGUGUUAGCCGCCAGCUCUGGUGGGGUCACCGCAUCCCGGCGUAUCGUUUGAAAGCUGGAGUCACUGGUGCUUCUGAAGGGAGCGAUAAGUGGUUCGUUGCAGCAUCUGUGGGAGAGGCUCGACAGAAAGCUGAAGUUGAACUAGGGUGCAAGCUGCAGGACGCAGAUCUGGAGCAAGAUGUGGAUGUGCUUGAUACUUGGUUCAGCUCGGGUUUACUUCCAUUGUCGGCUUUUGGAUGGCCUAACACUGGCAAUGAUGAAGUAGUCGCGCAGGAUUUGAGCUCUAGCUACCCGUUGGAUUUAAUGGAGACUGGCUCUGAUAUUUUAUUUUUUUGGGUAGCGCGUAUGGCAAUGUUAUGUCAAGAGUUUUCUGGGCGUGUACCAUUCCAAAGAGUGCUGUUGCACCCGAUGGUGCGUGACAAGGCUGGCCGGAAGAUGUCAAAGAGCUUGGGUAAUGUGAUCGACCCGCUGCAUGUAAUAAAUGGUAUCAGUCUUGAUCAGCUACUCUUGGACUUGCAGGGUGGCAACGUCGGGCUGCGCGAAGUAAAAAAAGCGGAAAAGGAGUUAAAGAAAGAGUUUCCGAAGGGUAUCCCUACUUGUGGUGCCGACGCAUUGCGCUUCACAUUGGCCUCGUAUCUUCAGCAAGGCCGACAGAUUAACAUGGACGUGCAGCGUGUCGUGUCAUAUCGUCACUUUUGCAAUAAAGUGUGGAAUGCAGUACGCUACGCUCUACCUUUGUUGGACACAACCGACAAUGACGAUGCAAAGGAUGCGAACACAUCGACGGACCUUUCCCUUUUGCGUGACGAUAUGACUCUAGCAGAUCGUUGGAUCAUGAGUCGGCUGGCUGCAGUCGUAUCGGAGGUGAAUGAUGGAAUCAGUGCAAAUCAGCUUGCAACGAGCGUCGCCGCUAUCCAGAAAUUUUUCGUGCAGGAGUUAUGUGACGUGUACAUCGAGUUCAGUAAGCCAGUACUGUAUGGAAACCGCUUCGAUGAAGAUGCGAGUUCUAAACAAGAACAACGUGCGCGAAAACGCAGUGCUCAAGCAACACUUCACCGAUGCCUAGACUACUCGAUGCGUCUACUGCAUCCUUUUACGCCAUUCGUUACGGAAGAGUUGUGGCAGCGUAUUCGGGAUAGCGACCCACUUACUACGUCUUUGUGCAAGCAGGAUGUUGAGACCUCCAUCUUGUGCUCUGAGUAUCCAGAAGAGUCACACAUGCGUUCGUGGAUCGAUGCAGAUGCUGAAGAGAAGAUGACGCUUGUCAUCGACGUGAUCCAUGGAAUUCGCUCGCUACGCCACACCGUGAAAGUUUUGGCUCCAAAUGCGUCUCCCUCGGGUGACAGCGAUAUUCCUACUGUUGGCAUCGUGUGCUCCAAUACAACUGUACUUUCCGAGCUAAAGGAUGCACAGCGUGACGUCGAGACACAAUGCCGUGUGAAUGUCGACAUUGCUGUUAGCGACGGCGAUUCUUUCUCGCCGCUGGCGUCCCCUCUCGUGCUUACGCACUCUGUGUCGAAUUCUUGCCGAGUAAUGCUAGCUGUCCCGGACGACACGGAGACGACGCAGCGUGUGGCUAAUGAAAUCGCGCGUCUAGAGAAACGUAGGUCGAAGAGUGCCUCUGCUGCUAAAGCCCUCAUGAACCGUCAGCAGGGACCACACUACGCCGUCAAGGUACCAAAGCCCGUGCAAACCCAAGAUGCACAGCGCCUCACACAACUGCAAACUGACCUGAACGCAACGCAAAAGAGUCUAGCUGCAUUGCAUGAGCUCCAGCGACUUUUCUAA